CUGUUUAUAAAAACGCGCCUUUUUCGAGUAAUUUUUAAUUUAAUCAGUUUUUUUUUGCUUUCUUGUUUAGCUAAUACACCGUUUAAUUUCCUCGGGAAUAGUCUGUGCGAUAUGCAAAAUUUUUUGGAUAUUGCAGAGUUGUUUUUGAAUGCUGAUGAGGUGGAAAAAAUCCAUGAUUUCGAGGAAGAAUGUAUGGAAGAUUUGGCGCGUGAGAAAGAAUACAAAAAGAACACAUCAACGGAGGAAAGGAUACAUCGCACUGCUGAAAGGUCGCCCAUUUUGUCUUGGCUUAUUUUGAUACUUCAUUUCAGAACCGAUCUUGUCCUUUUGCGCUUAAAUGAUCUCGCUAGCAAGGAUUCUGCCCUGAAAUCUUUGGCGCGCGAUUUCGACCGACGAUUGGAGGUGUUGGAAAAUCGGCAGCGAGAAACGCUUGAUUAUGUGCGGCAGCUGGCCAGCACCCUCGGUAAAGUAUCACCAAGCAGCAGUGGCUACGGUUUUUCCCCAGUGCCUCAAUCUGUUGGAUCGGCUGAUGAUCGUACUCAAGCAAGUCCUUCAAGUGCUCUGGGUGGUACUGAUACGGCACAGCUGCAAAGGCCCGGCUUUCUUCCUCGCCCCGAUCCUCUGGAAGCUGCUGCUUCAUUGGGCAAAUAUUAUCUGAGCCCAACUAAGGGCGAGAAGGACUUUUCAUUUGCUGGCCGAGCUCGUCCAAUAAAGAGGCGUACGCGUACUACUACAGUAACCGGUUGUAUCGAAAUCCAUCCUGAGCCGCAAACGAGCCCAGAAAAAAGUUCCUCGAAUCGUUUUGGCAGCUUGUUGUCUUUGGAUCCAGCAAUAUUAAACCGUGGAAGUGACAGCAAUAUUUUAAAGAAGAAAAGUCCAUGCAUAACGGAAAGUGUAAGACGCGCAAGAAGGCAUGAAGAGUACACGUCCAUAACAGAUGCGAUCGACCUCUCGCACCAUGACACGGUCUGCAUCACUUUUUAUUAUUUUACGUAG